AUGGGUGAUUCAAACACGUGGGAUCUAGUUGGAGAACAACAACAGAGAAAGAAAAGUAGAUCACCGUCUAGAGCCAGCCGAGUGGAUUCUGAAUUAUUGGUUGGAGUUGAAAAUGUAGCUGAACUCGAAGCACUUGGACUCGGAAAAGAGCAGUUAGAAGAAGAAGCGAGACGACAUAAAAAGCAAAGAAGCAAGUCUCCGGCACUCGAAAAUAUUCGAAAAACUUCUAUUCACAUUCUGCAGAAGUUUGGAGCAAUUCCGAAGAAGAGAGAUGACAGUGUUUUACUAUUCAGAAAUAUAGAUAUUCCGGAUAUUCCGCUGGAUGCAAUAUGUAUCAGACCAAAAGAGUUUUUCGAAGAACCGAAAGUGUUCUCUUUUCGAGAUAUGGGAAGAGAGCAACAGAAGGCAGAAGUUAAUGAAAAAUGUUCAUAUCUAUUCCGUGGAACGUCUUUUGAACAAGACGAUCAUUUCGAACUGCCAACAGAAACUGGACGAGUCCCAGAAUAUGAUCACUUCUGUCCAAUUCACGGAUCGAGACGACGACUUCCUAGAAAUAAAUUAGUUACGAUGCAGACGCUGAUGCAUUCUGUAGAUGGUGAUGAUAAUGAAGAUCUGUCUUACAUUUAUGGACAUGAUUUUCUAGCCAAAUUAGUAAGAAAGAAGAAGAGAGAAAUGUUAAGUGGAGCUGAAAAAGAAAGAGCGAACAAAAUAAAACGGAAAAUUAUGUCAAACCUCUGGAUCCUAUCAGUAGCCUUUCUGUUUCUUUUCACUGCAUUCAAUGGAUUACAAAAUCUUCAAACGUCUGUCAAUGGAGAUCUCGGUUCGGAUAGUUUAGUAGCAUUAUAUUUAUCACUAGCCAUAUCAUCACUUUUUGUUCCUUCAUUUAUGAUCAAUCGUCUCGGGUGCAAGCUCACAUUUCUAGUUGCCAUUUUUGUAUACUUUCUCUACAUUAUCAUCAAUCUACGGCCAACUUAUUCAUCAAUGAUUCCAGCUUCAAUAUUCUGUGGAAUUGCAGCUUCUUGUAUAUGGGGAGCCAAAUGUACGUAUAUUACAGAAAUGGGAAUACGAUACGCUAGUUUGAACUUUGAAAGUCAAACAACUGUAAUUGUCAGAUUUUUCGGAUAUUUUUUCAUGAUUGUUCAUUGUGGUCAAGUGGUUGGGAAUGUGGUGUCUUCAUAUAUAUUCACUCUUUCGUAUUCUGGAACACUACGAGGUCCAGAAGAUUCUAUUUAUGAUAGCUGUGGUUAUCAAUUUCCAAAAAAUCUAUCAUUAUUAUCCGAAUUGGCUGAAAGUAAUCUUGCUCGACCACCACAAAAAGUUUACGUUGCUGUUUGCCUCGCUUAUCUCGCUUGUGUUAUAAUCAGUGGAAUGAUUAUGAGCAUGUUUUUGAAUGCUCUAGCCAAAGAUACAAGGAAUAGAAAAAGUGCUCAAAGGUUCAAUUCGGAAAUAAUUAAAUUAAUGUUAAAACAUCUCAUUAAUAUAAAGUUCAUGUUACUUGUUCCACUGACUAUAUUCAAUGGAUUAGAACAAGCUUUUCUAGUUGGUGUUUAUACAAAAGCAUUCGUGGGAUGUGGUCUUGGAAUUUGGCAGAUUGGAUUUGUGAUGGCGUGCUUCGGAAUAUCAGAUGCCAUAUGUUCAUUAGUAUUCGGUCCACUCAUCAAGCUAUUCGGACGAAUGCCUCUUUUUGUUUUUGGAGCCGUUGUUAAUCUUUUGAUGAUUGUUACGUUAAUGGUGUGGCCAUUAAAUGCUGCCGACACUCAGAUUUUCUACGUUGUUGCAGCAAUGUGGGGAAUGGCGGAUGGAGUAUGGAACACUCAGAUUAAUGGAUUCUGGGUUGCUUUGGUGGGAAGACAAUCUUUGCAGUUUGCAUUCACCAAAUAUCGUUUUUGGGAAUCACUCGGAAUUGCUAUUGGGUUUGCUUUGAUUAGACAUGUCACAGUAGAAGUGUAUCUAUUAAUUACAUUUUUCGUUCUACUAAUUGGAAUGUGCGGUUUUGUGGCAAUUGAAAACUUCGACCACAUUGUUGCAUACUGGAAGUCGCUCAAGCAACAUGAAUGCUCAGAGAAAAAUCUCCACGAGGACAGGCGCAGCAAUACCUAA